AUGGCCUCUUCCAUAUCGUUAUUGUGUUGUAUUUUAAGUUCAUCCGUCUUCGCCUUCAUAGGUACACAGGGCUUAUCAAUAUACACUCUUCAAGCUUGCUACGGUAAUGGAUUCGAGGAUUACAUGAAUCCAUCUUGUCCAGUGGGCUAUAAAAUAUACGUGUACGAUGUUUACACAUAUUCCAAAAGAAUAGACCGCAACUGCCCCGCAAUCUCUGACGUCACCAACCGGAACAUCUCAUAUUGCUGCAAUUAUGUCAACGAAACUGAGGAUUGUGGGAAGAGGUAUUAUGGAACUGAGCAUGCGUAUCAGCACGAACAUUAUUCCCGGUGUUCUGGACGCCAGGACUGUGGACAAGGCGUACAGGCGUCUUGGAACUUUACUAACGAUGUCUGCAAUAGCAGUGUCUUCAUGGAAAAGUCCAACUACAUGAAAAUGUGGUACAACUGUCUACCAGAUUCAGCCGUGCAGUCCAUCAACAAUGCCACAUUUACAGCCCAGUCAGUCUUCCUGUCAAGUGAAGGAUAUCCGUUGGAAAUGUCUUCCUGUGGAACAACUUCCGGCGCUACAUGCGAGGUCACUGCUAGCGGUACCUCCACAAUUCGUAUCACAGGAUUUGACCUUCAGUUUAGUGAAAGUUCAGGGGAAUGUAAACAGAGAUUGCUAAUAACAGAUAACACUUCAAUUUGUGAUAUAGCAUGCGAUGACAUAAACGAUUUCGCUCGAACGACUCUGUAUACCAGUAGAAGCAAUAGUAUCUCCAUACGACUAGAUAACACGGCUACUUCCGAGGGUGGAAAGUUCUGGAUUCAUUUAGAAGCCACAAACUCCUCAGACGAAAUAAUCGUGCAGUGUCAGAACUCGACACCAGUUGUUUCUUGUAACGACACAUUCACGAUCUUGAACCUCACCACUACAACACAAAGUCCAUUGUCGUUAACCACUGUCAAUGAUGCGGAAUCGACAACCAAUCUAGACAUAACCGACUCCUCAGUUUCAUCCGCGACAUUUGACACCACGACCACCACCCCCUCCUUUAACACCGGCGUAGUAAUGACUGAAACUGCCACCGUAGAGACUAUUACAACAGAGGCAACGACAGAUUCUUCCGCGGGGACUACUUUUUCUGUAGUAAAUUCUAACGGUGGCAAUGACUCUUUAACAAACACAACGGACAGUGCCGAAUCAACAACAGUCAAUCACGGAACGCUUACUACGACCAGCACAAUGUUGAACAUCGUCAGCCAACCUUUGACCCCUGGAACAAACCAGACAACCACGCAGUCGUCCGCUAAAGAUAACGUACCACGUAACAAUAACAACAAGCAAGAUUCAGCACUUUUACCCGCUCUGGGAGCGAUGCUCGGAUCGAUAGCAGCGGCCGGGCUUAUGUUCUACCUCUACUGGAAAUGCAAGAAAAAGAAGACGCAUCAGGUGUUGGAUGACUCUAUUGACCCGGCACUACAGAGCCAUCUACCGGUGAUCUCAAGUCUUCCCCCCGCAAGACAGACAACUCUAGCUUGGGAUGACAAAGGUGGUGACUUCAACAAAAUAGAUUCACCAAAUAAAUACGUAAAAGAACCGACAUUAAUCAGCCUUAAGAUACAGGAUUAAUGGUCUGAUAUAUAGCUUCAAUUCGUUGAAUGUGUCUUGCAUAACCUUUGUUACAUGACUAUACCAUAAUUAUAUACAUUGUUACGUCACAUGUCAUUUGUUACAUAGGCACAUGAUAUAGUCAUUGUUACUGCACAUGUCAUUUGCUACAAUGACGUCAAAUGUCCAUUGCUCCAUCACAUGUCAUUUGUUACAUGGGAACAUGAUAUGGUCAUUGUUACAUCACAUGUCAUUUGUUAAAAUCACGUCAAAUGCCCAUUGUUACGUCACAUGUCAUUUGUUACAAUCACGUCAAAUGCCCAUUGUUACGUCACAUGUCAUUUGUUACAAUCAUGUCAAAUAUCCAUUGUUGCGCACAUGCAGUUUGUUACAAUAACGUCAAAUGCCCAUUGUUACGUCACAUGCCAUUUGUUACAAUCAUGUCAAAUAUCCAUUGUUGCGCACAUGCAAUUUGUUACAAUAAAGUCAAAUGUCCAUUGUUACGUCACAUGUCAUUUGUUACAAUCACAUAAAAUGUUCAUUGUUACGCCACAUGUCAUUUGUUACAUAGUUAUAAUAUAUGUGCAUUGUUACCUUACAUGUCAUUUGCUACAUAGGCACAUGCUAUGGUCAUUGUUACGUCACAUGUCAUUUGUUAAAGUCACGUUAAAUGUCCAUUGUUACGUCACAUUUCAUUUGUUACAAUCACUUCAUAUAUCAAUUGCUACGUCACACGUUAUUUUUUAUCUCAUACGUGUGGUGUAUAUUGAGAGUGAGAUAAAGCAUUAGCUUUAUCACACGCCCGUUUAAUAAAGCACUUCCGCAAAUAAAUACACCAUAUAUCAUCUCGUUGUAUAAACCAAAUAUCAAAACACGCAAUAUAGAUAUCCUCUAUCUAAACAGUCACAUCAUUCGUUCUUAACCCUUUCUCUUCCGUAUCGGUCAGUUUGACCGGUGGCGCGUAAAAACAGGACUUCGCAAAAGGAGUGCCUCUAAAUCUUUGAAACUACGGCCAUGAGAUGUAGUAUCUAUCAUAUUUUUGGAAAUCUUCUCUAUUUUUUAACUAUGUAAAAAUCAACUAUGUAAAUAAAGCCAUUAAAUUAAUUUUAAAAGAAGUGAAUGAUGGCUUCGUCUAAAUAUGACGCAACGCUUUGUCGCAAGGUCAUUUCCCCCCUCAUAUGAUUUUUCUUAAUUUUCCCUAUUUAUGCAGUACUUUUUAUAUUUUUGAAUAGCAUAUAUUCCCUGCUUUCAGCACAUUUAAAAAAUAUUUCAAUACCUGGCAGAGUUAUAAGAAAAUAGCAAUUUUUUGCACAAGUACAAUUUCUUAAGAUUUUCUUUCUCAGUGUUUAAACAGAUCGGCGUUUUACCUAUAUUCAUAUAUGGAAUCAGGGAAAAAUAAUUACAGCCUGUAAAAGUAGAGUAAAUUUCCUUUUUGAUGGGCCCUUAUUCGUGAUAUAAUUCUCGGUAGUUUUUAUAUUACGAUAAAAUAAAAUUGGGACAUGCUGCGCGGUUUUCUUUAAAAUUAGCGACGAAACGUUGUCACUGUAAGCGAUCGACACACCUGCACAAGAAAAUAGUGAUUGUCCUCUAUUGGUAAAUUGAAUACUUUUUGAUACACUUAAACAAUAUACACAAAUGUAUGAAAUAAUCAGCCAGGUAUUCUCUGCUCUUUUUUUAAAGUAUAAAACCAUUAUUGGUAUAUGGCAGUUACACAACAUAAAUGUAACUUCAUAAAACACCUAGGCCAUCGAGAAUGUAUCGGUAGAGUAAAUUGAAAAAUAAAUAAAUAAAAUACUCCAAAUUCAGAUAUAAACUUUAUGUAAUAUUUGUUCGGAAUAGUAAUAUUUUUUUCUGCCAAACAAAGAAAAUAAAAAAAGAUAAGUCCGCAUAUAGGCCUAUAUAUAUACUUUUUUUCCGGGACCCGGAUCGCGGCCGCGGGGUUUUCUCAAAAUGUGCACUGGCAACACAUGUCAUUAUCGUGUUAAAUAUGUAAUUCAUUCUGUAUACCUGCAUAUUUGAUUUAUUCUAAGUAUCUGUAUAUGGGAUUUAUUCUAUAAAUCUGCAUACGAGAUUUAUUCUAUAAAUCUGCAUACGGGAUUUAUUCUAUAAAUCUGCAUACGGGAUUUAUUCUAUAUAUCUGCAUACGAGAUUUAUUCUAUAUAUCUGCAUACGAGAUUUAUUCUAUAUACCUCUCUAUGUAAUUUAUUCUGUAUACCUGUAUGUGUAAAUCUAUUCUGAAUAUAUUGGUAUGUAAAUAUGUUCUGGAUAUUUGUAUGUAUAAGUCUGUUUUAUACAUGUAUAUAUAAACCUAUUAUGUUUGUGUGCCAGAGACCUGGGUUCAAAUCCCAUCAGAGGCAGAACAAUGUCUCUGUUGCAUACACAAGUCCAGCACUCUACCAAUCAAGCGAAAAGGUUAACCUACUUGCCAGAGCUAGUAGGAAUACCAUAUCACUCACACUACCACAUUGUCCCCCUCCUUUUUAAGCGUCGUCCCUGACUUUUCGGAGUACCAACACCUAUUGGGCGAAGUACUGAGGUACAAUCUCUCUCACCCAAAAGAGAUAAACCAGGUCCCAAUGUGGGCGCCAAAUGUAACAGACCGGUUUUAAUAUUUAGUGUGUCUAACGAGAUCGCGUUUUUUUGUUUUUUGUUUUUUUUUGCGUGAACUUGGGCAACUUUUUCAGUAAACAAGCACAUGUAACUUACUUACUAUCAGAUAUAGUGAGUUUAGGGACAGUUUAGCGUCGUAUUUGAAAGUUGAGGGAUGGGAAACAAAAGAAGAAGAAAAAGCGGCACCCGUUAUAUUAAUAUGAAAAAUCUUAGCAAGAAAAGCUGUUCUGCUCAUACUCCUAAUUCGUAAAGAAGGGGGGUGGGUAUCCUUUAGUACAUGUAUGCUUUCCAUCAAUUUAACCUUGCAUUUACACUACCAUUCACCGCUACUAUUAACUAUAUCAAGUGACCAGCUAAUAAAUCGAUCUUUGCAUGUACUAAUAACAAAUGUAUGUAAUAAUUUAACGCGAUGUCAGAAAAAGGGGGGGGGGGUGUCUGGAGAUCUUUUGUUUUGUCUCCGCUGCCAAACUUCAGUAAUUUAAUCCAAUAUCUCAUGUUUUGGUACCAGGGGGCAUUCAUUUGCAACAUUCUGAAAAAUAAUCUUCAAACCAGGCAGAUAUUUUUGUAUCAGAAAUGAAUUGUCUUUAGCCAUCACCAAUUUGUAUGUACAAGAGUUGCCCAAGUGACGCAUAAUUUUCUGAAGAGUUCCAAAAAUUUCUAGUUCCGAUAUCCCGUAUUGUAUGACUCUGAUGGGAUUUGAUCCCGGGUUUCUGGCACGCAAGUCCAGCACUCAACCAAUCCAGCUAAAGGAUUAACCCAUGCAUAUGGCCAUUAGGCAGAGCUAACAGGAAUGCCAUAUCACUAACACUACCAAAUAUGUAUCUAAUGUAUUCUUCUGUCAUACUGUUUAUGAGUUUUUAUAUUCUCUAUUCUUUUCACUUUUUUAUUUGUGGAGCCUGAAGUGAAAUGUUUCAAAGUUUCCUUUGUUGAUAAAUUGAUUGAUUGUA